AUGCAAAACAUAAAAGUGCUAGACCUUUAUAGUGGAAUAGGGGGGCUACACUACAGCAUGCUACAGGCCUUAAUAAAUUGCGUCCACCAGAGGGCAGAAAAAGGCACCCUCAAAGGGGAAACUGCAAAAGAGAAUCUUCCCAACUGUGCCAACCUCUUCAAUGACGCAUUUCGGUUCAUAUCGAUAGAUCUUAACUACCUAGCGAAUCAAACACACUACCACAACUUUGAGGAAAAUUCAAUCUACCUAAAGGAAAAAAAAUAUAUCGACAAAUUUUUUAAAGCAUGUCAAGGAGAGGGGCGCAACCAUGGGGGAACGACCCCCGAAGGUGCGCACAACGGAGGAAGGAACAACAUGAAAGAGGUUCCCUUCGUGGAGGAUAAAAAUUACAUCCUUCAAACGGAUAUAAACAACCUGGACGAAAACUUUCUCGAUUACCACAAAUUCUUUAUUCUGCUAAUAUCGAACCCUUGUCAGCCGUACACCAGACAGAACAAGAAUUUCCAGCAGAUCAAUUUGGAUGAGUUGUUCAGGAAGUACGCCUACACCGCAGCAGAGGAAUCCCCUCUGGGGGAAAAAAAAGAAAAGCAAAAAGGAAGUUCUCCCUCCCCUUUAGACAAAUCCGAUCAUAUGAAUAAUUUGUUCACCCAAAAGUGUAACGAUGUGGGAGACACCCCCUUCAAAUGGACAAAUGAAGAAAGCGAUUACGAUAAAGUAUUGGGGGAAAAAACCCAAGGACAAGACCACUUCCACGUGGAUAAGCUAAACCUAGACGAAGCCUUAAGCACGCUGCAAAUCGAAAAGGACGAACGGUCAAGAAGUUUCAUCCACAUUUGCAAUUUGCUGAAAAAGGUAAAGGAAGAAAAUUUGCCAAAAUAUAUUUUUAUCGAGAAUGUCAGAAAUUUUGAAUUGUCCACUUCCUUUUUUUAUUUCAUAAAUUCAGUUAAGAAGAAUUAUAAUUUCCAGACGUACCUUUUGUCCCCCCUGCAGUAUGGCAUACCGAAUGAGCGUCUUCGUUUUUAUUGCAUAUGUAGGAGGAAGGACAAGUUGGCAGAUCUUACAUCGUGGGAAAAAAUCCCCACUGGUGGGACAACCCCACAGUACAGCAAUUCGCUUAUGCCAGCCAAGUGCAUCAUCCCCGCAUUUGAAAACAACCCCAAUUUUAGGCCUUCCCCAAAAUACUCUUUUUACACCCCCAGUUUGGUCACAUUCCUGGACCAUAAUGAAAAGUACCCAAUAGAAUGCAACACAAGUGAAGAAAUAAACUUAACUAAUGACACAUUGGAGGAACACCAAGUUCCGAACAGUACCUUGGAAAAAUGCUCAUCCUUUUGUUUUGACAUGAUCGAUAUAAACCGAAAUGGAAAUGUGUGCUGCUUCGAUGGGGGUCGUUACUAUGUCGACAAGAAUGAAGCCAUAAAGGAACUCCCAAAUGAGAGAAACUUGAAGGACAUAAUCAACUGGAACAGUUUGCAUUCCAUGUGCUUCACGUCUAACUAUGGGAGGUAUAUUAACGGAUCCGGCUCGGUUCUCUACUUCUCCAGGGGUAGAGAAACGGGAUGUGGACAUGCAGAGAGUGAGCAUAUGAAAAAAUCCCACAUGGAAAAUCACCCCUCACGCGACGGCUCCUGCAGGGAUGACUUCCCCCACGAGGGUCACAUGAGCGAACAACCCAACCAGGAUAAACUUCACCACGGAGAAAUAAUCAAACAAAUGAGCAUAUAUAAAAACAGAGUGCGGUACUUUACCCCCGUAGAGAUAUGCAGACUGAUGGGUUAUAAAAUGCACACCAGCAGGGCUAAUACAGACGGCGGCGAAAACAAAAAAAACAGAGUCGGAAAUAUCUACUGGAAUAUGGACCACAUUAACCAUAUGUGCGCCUACACAUGUAAUGUGCACUACUGUGCUAAUAGCCAUAGCAACACUUGUUUGUUCAAUGAAGGGCUCCAUUUGGAAGAGAAUCCGGUGAGAGGAUCACCAAAUGAUGCAGUGGGUGGUGGUGGCCAAUCUCCCCAUGGAAAAUCCCAAGACGAACGGACAGCACCCUGCUCUUGUCACGAAUUUAAAUUUCCACCAUUUUUGACAAACAGGCAAAAGUACAAAUUGGUUGGCAAUUCCGUCAAUGUCAUUGUGAUAUCUUUAAUUUUUCAAGCCCACGACAUUUUCGGGGAGUUCCUCAAAGGAGGGACCCUUCCCAGCUAA